UCAUGUAAGUGCAGCGGAGCGUUCCUUGCGCCAGUAAUCGUAAAAUUCCACGUCCAGGGCUGCUUUGCAAGGCGUGCAUUCCUGCUUUCACUCACUGCACGGAAACCUGCAGCCUGGAGGCAAAACCCCUCCAGUUGCAUGAAGAUCGGAGUUCUAAUUUUGCAUCUUUGUUGCAAGGCAAGCCGCUGAAGCUCCAGAGCGAGGGGAUGGAGGGAGGGAGGGAGAGAGAAGGCAAAGACUUGUGUGCUUCCCCUCCCCCUCAUCAAAGCAGAGGGGAGAUGUCUGUGCCGAAGGGAGGUAAGAACGUUUCAGGUAAAAAGAGGAACCCCGGGCUCAAACUCUCUAAGGAGGUGUUCGAACAGCCCCCACCAGCAGCAGGACCCCCCCGAGACCUGGACUCCAAAGCCUGUGUGAAGAUCGGAGAGAAGAACUUUGUGGUGAAGGCGGACGACCUGGAGCAGAUUGGGGAGUUGGGCCGAGGGGCGUACGGCGUGGUGGACAAGAUGAGGCACGUGCCCAGUGGCGUUAUCAUGGCAGUGAAGCGUAUCCGCGCCACAGUGAACACCCAGGAACAGAAGAGGCUGCUGAUGGACCUGGACAUCUCCAUGAGGACGGUGGACUGCUUCUACACCGUCACCUUCUACGGAGCGCUCUUCCGAGAGGGUGAUGUGUGGAUUUGUAUGGAGCUGAUGGACACAUCUCUGGACAAGUUCUACAAGAAGGUUCUGGAGAAGGGGAUGGCCAUCCCAGAGGACAUUCUGGGAAAGAUUACCGUUUCAAUAGUAAAGGCCCUGGAGUAUCUGCACAGUAACUUACAAGUGAUCCACAGAGAUGUGAAGCCCUCCAACGUGCUGAUCAACACUCAGGGCCAGGUGAAGAUAUGUGACUUUGGAAUCAGCGGCUACCUAGUGGAUUCGGUGGCCAAGACCAUGGAUGCUGGCUGCAAGCCCUACAUGGCGCCUGAGAGGAUAAAUCCAGAGCUCAACCAGAAGGGCUACAACGUCAAAUCUGACAUCUGGAGUUUAGGAAUAACUAUGAUUGAGCUGGCUAUCCUGCGCUUCCCCUAUGACUCCUGGGGCACGCCCUUCCAGCAGCUGAAGCAGGUGGUGGAGGAGCCCUCCCCUCAGCUGCCAGCUGACCGCUUCUCCCCCGAAUUCGUGGACUUCACCUCCCAGUGCCUAAAGAAGAAUCCCAAAGAGAGGCCAGCCUACACAGACCUCAUGCUGCAUCCUUUUUUCACCCUCCACGAUGCCACAGAGACAGACGUUGCCUCCUUUGUCAAGGUCAUUCUUGGGGACUGAAGGACAUGGCCUGUGGCUCCGCCCACAUGCCGCUGGGGAGGCGGGACUGCGCUGCCCCAAUGCACCAAUCCCCACUCAGAGAAC